CCAACACCCCCCCCCCCCCAAAGCCACGCCGUGCUCGCGUCGUUUCUACUACCAGCAGCAGCAACAGCAGCAGCAGCAAUAGUGUCAGUCGUCAAAGUGUCUCAGCGGAACCGUCGCUGAGUGAGUUGCGAGAGGGAGCAGCAGCAGCGGCGUCAGCAGCAGCACAACAGAGAAGAAGGAGAAGUAGCGAGGCUGGGUUAGUCCGCUAGUAGUUGCAUUUAGAUGCAGAAGUAGCGGCAGCAGCAGCAGCACAACAGAGAAGAAGUAGCGAGGCUGGGUUAGUCCGCUAGUAGUUGCAUUUAGAUGCAGAAGUAGCGGCAGCAGCAGCAGCAGCACAAGUAGCAGUAGCAGCAGCAACAGCUGCAUCGACAGUGUCCAGCGGGCAACAGCUGAAAGCGUUCGAGCCGGUGGGUCAUUAGUUGAACCAACAUCGGCUGCAAGCAGCGCGACAGCUUCAGCACCAUCACCAUCAUCAGCAGCAGCAGGAGGAGGAGCGGCAGCAGCAGCAUCAGCGGCGGCUGCUGCUGCGGCUGCUUCCCUGGCUGCUGCUUUUGCUGCCGCCUCCCCGUCGACGCGCCGCGCCUCCUCCUCCUCCCCCGGCAAAAUGGCCUACUUCGUGGUGCCCUCGGAGAACGCGGCGGCGGCGGCGCUGGGAGACUUUCGCAAGGCGGAGCAGGAGGUCAUCGGCGGCCUGUGCAGCCUGGGUAACGUGUCGGCGGGCUCCCCCGAGAGCCAGCGCGACACGGAGCGGCGCAUCCGCCGCGAGAUCGCCAACAGCAACGAGCGCCGCCGCAUGCAGAGCAUCAAUGCCGGCUUCCAGUCGCUCAAGACCCUCAUCCCGCACACGGACGGCGAGAAGCUCAGCAAGGCCGCCAUCCUGCAGCAGACGGCGGAGUACAUCUACUCGCUGGAGCAGGAGAAGACGCGGCUACUGCAGCAGAACGCUCACCUCAAGCGCCUCGUGCAGGAGUGCGACGGAGGCUCGCCGCUCCGGGCGCGACGCGGCGCGGAGGAGCGCGACGAGGGGAUCGGCUCGCCGGACAUCCUGGAGGAGGACAAGGCCGAGGAGCUGCGACGUGACCUCCUCGAGUUGCGCGCCUCCCUCGACAAGGAGCGGCGCCUGCGUCUCCUCCUGCAGGAGCAGGUGCGCUCAAUGGAGGCUCAGCUGUACCCGGAAAAGCUGAAGGGAAUCGCUCAGCAGCUGCAGAUACAGCCACCCCACCGGGACACGGCGCUCCGGAUCGACCCGCAGCAACAGCAACUACAGAUUCACAUUCAGCAACAGCAGCAGCACGUGCUGCAACAGCAACAGCAGCACAUCCUAGGACACAAGCUACAGCCGCAGCGUUUAUCGGAGCCCCAGCAGCACCCGACGGUGAUUGUUCCGGCACCGCCGCCACACCACGUCACCGUGGUAACCAUGGCGCCGCCCUCCUCCGUCAUCUCCAGCGCCUCCACGUCCCGGCAGAACCUCGACACCAUCGUGCAGGCCAUCCAGCACAUAGAGGGGACGCACGACGGCGGGCGGCCGCUGCACGCCGUGGCGGCGGCCGCGGCGUCGUCAUCGUCCCCGCUGCGGAGGGCCGGCUCCCCCUCGGACGAGGACGGGGACGACGCGGACGAGGGCGCGCGUAGCGAGGUCAUCAUCAAGCGGCUGCGGAGGCACGUGGUGGCGGCCGCGGCGGCCGUGGCGGAGGUCGAGGAGGAGGAUGAAGAGGCGUCCGAUCGUGGCCACGACGGGAGCCGGGUGCCGCACCGGCACGAGGGCCGCGUGGUCGUGGAGAUGAUCGAGCAGGCCUCGUGAUGGCCGACCCCUCACCCCCCCCCCCCCCCCGCCCGCCCACCACCACCACCGCGCGCCACGCACCGUCCCCCGCGCUCCGCGGAAACGACAAAACCAGUCGGUGGAGAAAUCAUUUAAGCAAACGAAAGCGGUCAAAGAAAGUGUCACUAAAACGUGGAAAGCGGACAGAAGCAGUAAUGUGAAGUCUCCAGGGCAGCUCUGAAGUGCUGGAAGGGUCAGAGGGGGGGGGGGGGGAGGAGUUGAUGCCUCGAUGUCGCGCAUCCGUCGUCGAGCCGAGAGCGAAUGGCGGCAGCGUGGCCACGGACAUGAGGUCGCACGACACAAAACACGGGAAAGAAACGUGGCGGUGGCGGGUACGCAGCCCCGCUCCCCCCCCCUCCCGCCCUCCCCCCACCACGGAAAAACGAGUUUGUAUCCCCACCCAAACAUUGUGAUGUCUUGUCGCGCAAAACAAAAAAUAGUUAAGAACCAACCACAACCCCUGAUGAAACCGUGCCCCCCCCCCCCCCCCCACUCUCCCCACCCUCGCCUGCACUCACAGGCAGGUGCGAUGCUCAGCUCGGAUGUCUCUUGCGAAAAUGAAAGCACUUAGAUUUUGUUUUGUUUUUUUACAAAAAAACACGCGCGGCCUACGGCUGGCGUAGGUUGACGUACAACAAAAAAAGUUAAAAAAAAUGUUAUCGAGUUCCUUAGUUUGCAGUCACUGAAGGCUGUAGAGUAGCGUUUGUUAAAGUUAGGUGUAAGUCUUAAUCAUGCCUUGUUAGCUUAUUUUAAUUUUAUUGUUUAAAUUUUUUAUGACAAACUAUAUUUUUGGUAAAAAAAAAGAAAGGAGAAAAUAAGCUGUGCUGUUUUGAGGCUUAUUUUAGUGGCCAAGCGGUUGCCUGUGUUGAAGCCAGCGCAGGUCUCUUUGAGAUACUUGACGGACAAAAAUGAACUAAUUCGCCGACGUAGGCUGCAGCGUGAACGUCGCAAGUCGGAAACGCGUCCAGCAGACUUGGGACAUUUUAGAUUUUAAAAUCCCGGUCUCCGAUUGGGUGGUCUCUUAAUCUCUACUUAACUGGCUUAAUCCACAAAAUGCACAAUCCAACGUUUGACCUUCAGCCGCUGAGGUUUUGACCUUUUUAAACUUGGCCUAGGCAGGAGAAGCAACCGGCUCCUCACCCGGAAGGCAAACCAGUGGCAGUGGUAUGAAGCAAACAGUUAAAACGAAACAAAUGAAAGGGACUGUAGUAGCUCUUAAGGUGCGCGAGCGGCAGGCGUGUUGUGUGCGUGUCAGCGCGAGUGCUCUGUGCCUUUGAACUCUGACAUGAAGUGGAAUUGGGGGGGGGGGGGGGGGUUUAGGCCGGCACUGGGCAGCGAGCAGUGGAGGGGGGGGGGAGGUCGGCUAUAGUGUAUAUUUUCUUCUGUUUCUGUGUUUCCGGCGCCGUGCGCGAUUUCGCACACUGUUGUGAGCACCGCCGGAUUGGUGCUACACCCAUAGGGGCGUGAGGGUGGGUGGUGCCGGGGGUGGGGAAGUGGGGGGGGUGUCUGCCUGCCUGCCUGUGCGAGCCUGAGUCCUAGGCACGUGUGUGUGUGUGUGUGUUACCUGGGCCGCGGCGUCUACACGCUCGCUCCAGGUGUUACAGGGAACUUUUCGCUGUGCAGUUGGGAGUGGGUGGGGACUUGACUUUUAAAAAAUCUUUGUUCUGUGGGCAGCGUUUUGGGGGGGGGGUGCCCUCCUACCGGCGAGCCUCGAAUUGAAGCGACCGCAAGGCAGAGAGGACCCGUGCAGGUGACUGGAGUCGACUCGUUAACACUCCGGAGCUCUGGUUGCAGAAACGGCUCUUCUCUUUUGCAUCUACGUUUCGUCUCCCCCGCCGGUGUUGUCUGUCAUCUCGCGGUUUUGCGGUUUUAGUAAUACCCAUAGCUGCUGUGCGGAGGGGGAGGGUGAGGUUACAGCCGCUGAACCCCCCCCAGCCCAAACUAGCCGGCAAGAGAGGGUCUCUCAAAAAAAAUCACAACUGUCGUUCUCUAAAUACUGUAUAUUCGUCGAGCGAAGUGAAUUGACACCUCGUGCUGGCUGUUGUUUGUGGCAGCGGUGGGUCGCUCCGAAACUGGUGGCGCGCUACCCCAGAGGAGUGGGGUUCCAGCAAGCUGCUUGUGAGUGGCGGCCUUGGCUUGCAGCAGGAGCUAAAUGUUCCCCCCACCCACCCUCCCCACUCUCUUCGUCAACAAACUCAAUUCGCCGAGUCAAUACAGUAUUCCCUCGUUAAUCGCGAGGGAUACGUUCCGGGAGAUACUCGUGAAUAGCAAAUGUCACAGAUAUUGGCGUCCAAAUAUAUAUACGCGCAGUGUCUGCAGAUGCUUCUUAAGCGUCGAGAAGUUCUCCGAUCUCAUCACUUUAUCUUAUCACUUUCCCUCAACUCUGUCGAUGCGGUCGUGUGGAGGUUUCCAGAUGCAAUUUGCGGAUGGCGAGGAAAUUCUGUACACAGCUCGGGGAGGAAGGCAAAGCGCUUGUUCCACGGUUGAGCCGAUCCCCAGGUGCUGGGUCUCUGAAAGCGCGUGGUCGUACUGGGGCGAGAUUGAUUGAAACUUUAACCCGAGCCAGGGUUUCCUCAUCCAAGAAAGAGGACUCGCGCAUCUGCUAGCGAGCACAAUAAAACGUGCACUUGGUGACAUUACGCUUUGUCGGAAGAUUAAAACGGGUCGAUACCGUCUUAAGUCUUGGGCGAGUUUCAUCCAAGUAAUGGAAAAUUUGUUUUUGUGAUACCAGCGGCAAAACAGCAUUCGCAAGGGGAGUAAGACCGCUGGAAGGUGCACGUGCGUACAUUCAAUGAACUCGACACAAAGACCCAGGUUAGAGUUCACUCGCUGUCUUCGGAGCUCGGCGACCAUCAUUUGCCACCUUAGUUUAAAUCUGGACGUCUCUACCAACGAGGAGCAUCGCUCCCGCAGGGGAUGCUUCUCUUUGUAACAUAAGGGUAUAUUUUUUAUUAGUCCUACACCAUUGGGCACCGACUACCAGUUUGGCAAGUUUGCACACAUGCUGGCGCAGCGUGCCGACAAGAGGCACCGCAAACUUUAUCCAGUCCUUUUGAAGUAUCAUGUCCAAUUGCCGCAGUGGCAUAGCAGGGCCGUGAUCCUGAACGUGGGUCAGGCCAACACGCCGUUGUCGCAUCUUGUCACGUUGCUUUACCGCUGCAAGGUGCAGUGCGUUCACACUUGUCUCUUUUAAGGCUGGUGCUCAGUCUGGAUGCUGUGCAUGUACAGAACGAUCUCGCGGGGCUUGCAAGGUAUCGGCGGGGCCUCGCCCGUGCUUCAGCGAGACUUGGGUAUAUUUCACAAUGACGCGUGCACAAACAACUGGUUUUGUGUUCCGCCAAUUCUCGCCGGCAGGAGAGAGCGCGUUUUCCUUGCAAAACCAACAGGCAGCGCUUGCGAGCCUCUAUCUUAUCGGUCAUCGUCUUUUUAAUAUUAAUCAAAUGGCAGGUAAAGUAAAACUCCCAGCCGGUGUUUUUUUUAGGUUUACAUGCAGCAAGUCGAAUUUCCAGAGAGCAAAAAAAAAACGAAGGUCGAGGGAUCUGUCGUAAUUUUUAACUAUCCAUGGCAAUUACAAUUUGGAUACUUUUUGAUCUCCGUUCAUCUUGAACUGCGAGGUCUCGCAUUGGCCAUCUUUGCCCUUGACACCACCGCUCUUCCCUGGCUCUUGUGUUGGAGGGUUUUUUUGUGUGAAUUGCGAUGCGGUUAUGGAACUUCUCCGGCCACUCUUGUCGGGGUGCGUGCAAGCAGGCGUUCAGUCUCCAUGUGUCAUGGCCUUUUUAUAUAAUUUUUAUUUUUUCAACUUAAGUGUUAUUAACGUUUGAAUGUUAUGGUUAUUCAUGUUAUGAACGGAGGGACACAACUCUCGACUUACCGUUAAACGUAGCAACAGUGAAUCCAAUCCACUUCGGCUACAGACACAUUCCUAAAGAAAACGACUAGUGCUCGAACAAAAUAUGAAAUUGCGCUUAAAAACUAUUUGGGUGAGGUUUUUACAGUGAGCUCUUGCAGGUGUCUCUGCGAUUUUUUUUUUGGCCUGGUUAAUUGUUUUGUGGUUUUAAAUCUCACUUGGGGUUUCCCCCAAAUCCCUUUGCGGUGAGAACGGCGCGUGCGGUAAUCCACAGCUCGCGCGGGAGAUUUAAAACGAGCGGAGCGGACGCGCGAGGGAUUUUUCCCUGCGUUGCCGCUCCAUCGGCUCGAGCCCCCCACACCCCCCCCCCCCCCCCCCCCCAGCGCUGCUCUCGCAGGGGCGCACUCGCUAUAGCGGGUGCGACGACCCGCGCGGUUUCAGUCCGCGCGUCGCGUCAAAAGCCCCACCGGAAACAUUGCCGUUAAAUAGGGGUUCGCAUUUCCCUGGAUUCUGCGAAGACCUCGGGAGUCCUGGAACCGGAUCGCCGGGGAUUCUUUCAGAGUGUAAAAACGUGGGAUUGUCCUGGAGCGCGUGGGAGCCGCGGCCUAGGAGGAGGGGGUUUCUGCGGUAAAGAGGCCCCAGGUUUUUUUUUUAACUGAAGUGGGAGAGGCCACGGUGUGGUUCAAAGGGGAGGGUUGGGGGGGGGGGGGGGUCUAUAUCCGAUGGCUGUUCUCAAACCCCAGUCCUUGGUGUUGUCACCGUUGCGGCCCAGCCUGGCUUUUGGGACUUGUGGGCAGGUUGCAUACAUCGGCUCAAGUGAACGUUUCUCUUACAAUGACACUGCUUUAGAUAGGAAAGAGACAUUUUCGCUUUUGCUCGGGGCGGGGGGGGGGGUUUAUGCAACCAACCAUCACCGUGCACCAGAAUGCGGGAAAUGAAAGUGGAAGUGCUCCUGUAGUAAAGGACUCCCACUCCCUGCAGGUGGGGGAAGAGACGACUGCCGUUUGAGAAUAGCUGGUCGUGACAGCUGUCAUCAACUCCGCCGCUAUUGGGCCACCCCCACAAAGUUCCCGUGUUUACCAACCUCCAUUCCCAAUGCGGAGGAGGGGGGGGGGGGUUGGCGGUGCCCAAUGGGCGAACUGUUGUGAUGGCUGCGGGGUGGGUCCACAGUACUGGGAGUUGGCGACGGCUGCUCUGACAUUACGCUGUACACACAGCACUUGCUGAAUGUAGGUUGAGUCGGGCAGCAAGGAGGAUAGGGCAUUUAGUCCACGUAUAGUACCUCUUUUUUAGUGUGUAUAGCGGAGAGGAUAAGUAAAAUAAUAAACUUUCUUUACAAAA